AUGGAGACGCUCCAGGGGCUGCUGCUGUGGCUGCUGCUGAGCGCAGGGGGGGCGAGGGCAACCAGGGAGCCGCUGCGGCCACUGUGCAGGCCCAUCAACGCCACCCUGGCCGCCGAGCACGAGGCCUGCCCCAUCUGCGUCACCUUCACCACCAGUAUUUGUGCUGGCUACUGCCCCAGCAUGGUGCGGGUGCUGCCAGCUGCCUUGCCGCCUGUGCCCCAGCCGGUGUGCACCUACCGUGAGCUGCGCUUUGCCUCCAUCCGGCUCCCUGGCUGCCCGCCUGGUGUGGACCCCACGGUCUCUUUCCCUGUGGCACUCAGCUGCCGCUGUGGGCCCUGCCGCCUCAGCAGCUCUGACUGCGGGGGCCCUAGAGCCCAGUCCUUGGCUUGCGAGCGCCCACACCUCCCAGGCCUCCUCUUCCUCUAAGGACCCUUCCCCGAACUUUUGC